CCAAUCAGAGCGCAGCAUUUUGAACGGGUUAAAGACCUCGCCGCUAAUUUAAUGACGUUUGACAGAUGUCAAUAAAUAAAAUAUCAGAAAAUUUAAAAAUGUCAAGAUAAAGAAAAUGUCUACAUCCACAUCAAAAAACGAGUUUCCUUUGGAAGCUCUAAAAGUAAAUGGACCAAACUAUUUAAAACAUGCCUUAACAAGCUGUACAGAUCCACUCAAAGCUAUAGAAGAGUUUCAGGUAACAAAUGGCAUUCUUUUACCCUCCUUAAGACCAAUGCUUCCUUUAUUGGACCUACAUGGAGUUCGUAGACUUGAUUUUCAUAUGUCCGUAGUAGAGGAGCUAAGAGAGAAACUAAUAACUCAUAUAAAUGAUAUAGGCAAACAAGAAGGAAAAGAAAGGGACCAAAAACUUAAAGAUCUUUUAGUUAAAAGUUUUCCAGUGGUUAAAGUAAAAGCUAUGAGGCCCAUUGUAAUGGCAAUUUUAAAAAAUACCCCUCAAAUUGAUGAUAAUUAUUUAAAAGUGUUGGUUAGAGAUAGAGAACUUUAUAAUGACACAGAUACUGAAGUAAAAAGACAAAUUUGGAAGGAUAAUCAGUCUUUGUUUGGGGAUGAAGUGUCACCUCUUUUAAGCCAGUAUAUUAGCGAAAAGGAGAAUAUUUUGUUUGAUCACACCAAUUUAAAUGUUUUAUUUUUUGGGCCAUCACCGAAGGUUAGACGACAAGGUGAAGUGGUUCAAAAAUUGGCUCAUAUGAUAGGAAACAGUGUUAAACUGUAUGACAUGGUUUUACAGUUUUUAAGAACCCUAUUUCUACGUACAAGAAAUGUGCAUUAUUGCACCCUCAGAGCAGAACUGUUAAUGGCAUUGCAUGAUUUAGAAGUACAAGAUAUUAUUUCCAUUGAUCCUUGUCACAAGUUUACAUGGUGUUUAGAUGCAUGUAUAAGAGAGAAAAAUGUUGAUAUAAAAAGAUCCAGGGAAUUACAAGGUUUUUUGGAUAAUGUUAAAAGGGGACAAGAACAAGUUCUGGGUGACUUAUCUAUGACUCUUUGUGAUCCCUAUGCUAUUAACUUUUUGGCUACUUCAGCUAUAAGGAUUUUGCAUCAUUUAAUUUAUAAUGAGCAAAUGCCUAGGGACAAUACUAUCUUAAUUCUUCUACUUAGAAUGUUGGCAUUGGGUCUGAGCGCCUGGGUAAUGAUAGACUCCCAAGAUUUCAAAGAACCCAAACUCGAAUCCCAAGUGAUCACAAAGUUCCUCCCGGCUUUGAUGUCGUUGAUGGUCGACGACCAGGUCAGGCAGCUAUCGGCCAAACUGCCCCCGGACGAAAGGGAGGCCGCCAUCACGGUCAUCGAACAUUCCGGUCCUCUUCCGGACGCGGUUGAGGCUUACAUACAGGAUAACGCAGUGGCCAGCAUAUUGGCCAUGUAUUAUACUUUGCAUGUUGCCAAGAGCAAAGAUAGGGUUGGGUUGUUGAGAAUAUUGACUGUUUUAGCCAAUUGCAAGGACGAUAGGGCAUUUGAGGACCCCUUUUUACAUUCUAUGGUUGCAUUAUUAAUCCACAAUCUCGAUGAGUUCCAAGCGGCCGAUUUCUGUACGGCUCUUUUCGACGAAUUUUUCUUUGCCGGCCUGACCAGAGAUAACGUGAUCAAACAUCUACAAAAGUUGCUGUGGUAUGUUCACACUAAACUGCCAGUAAGCAGAUUGCAAACGUUGAUGAAAGCCCUGCAACCGACGCAUCAGCACAGCGAAAAGGUGCACAACGUCUACAAAUUGCUGCAAGAUAAAAUAACUUCGCAGGAAGAAAGUGUGAUACCCAUUGAAAUGGAUGUUGAUGUUAACUCGCCAUUGAUAAGCGUUCCCACGCCUGCGCCAUAUAAUCAUACUUUUUAGUUUAACAAAUAUUUAUUUUAAGAGCAAAAAUAAAAGGUUUUU